AGGAAAAAUCUCCAAAUAUUACUACUUUAAAGGACUAAAACGUAAUUUAGCAGAAUCACGACUCUUCCGGUUUAGUGAGUUCUUCUCCCACCUGUUAUCGCCGGCGUUCAGCAAUCCCCGAAAGAAGCAUCAGAAGAAAAUGUACGGAGACGCUACGAAUUGGAACGAGGAUGAGUAUAGAGAAUCAAUCCUGAAGGAACGAGAGAUUCAGACUCGUACCGUCUUUCGAACCGCCUGGGCUCCAAAUCCUAAUCCGGACGCCUUUGUUGUCGCUUCCAGCGACGGAACCCUAGCUUUCCACUCGAUGAGCUCUCUCGUUUCCCAAUCGGCGGCGUUUGGGUACUCGAAAGGUGAGGACUUUAUGGUGGCUGUACCUGAGGGAAUGGUUAGGGCACACGAAGGGCCCGCGUAUGAUGUCAAGUUCUAUGGCGAAGACGAGGAUGCUUUGCUCCUCAGUUGUGGGGAUGAUGGUAGAGUUCGAGGAUGGAAAUGGAGAGACUUUGCUGAUUCUACAGAGAACCAUGUCAAGCCAUUGCUUGAAUUGACUAAUCCACAGCACAAAGGUCCUUGGGGUGCUCUUUCACCAAUGCCCGAGAUCAAUGCCAUUUCUGUUGAUCCCCAGUCAGGAAGUGUUUAUACAGCUGCUGGUGAUUCUUGCGCAUAUUGUUGGGACAUGGAAAGUGGUAAAAUAAAAAUGAUCUUCAAGGGCCAUUCAGACUAUUUGCAUUGUCUAGUUUCGCGUAGUUCUGCAAGCCAGAUAUUGACGGGUUCGGAGGAUGGGACGGCAAGAAUCUGGGAUUGCAAAACAGGGAAAUGCAUUAAAGUGAUUGGCUGCCAGGAAAAGAAGUCCCGGUUUCGCAUUAGUUCUAUGGCUCUCGAUGAAAGUGAAAGUUGGUUGGCAUGUGGACAGGGUAAAAAUAUAGCUGUAUGGAAUCUUCCUGCCUCAGAAUGCGUAUCAACAAUAUCCUCCCCUGCUCAUGUACAAGAUGUGAUGUUUGAUGAAAAGCAAAUUUUGAGUGUAGGAGCAGAACCACUUCUAAGGCGUUUCGACUUAAAUGGAGCUUUGCUUUCUCAAAUUCAGUGUGCUCCUAGUUCAGCAUUUUCAGUUUCCUUGCAUCCAACAGGAGUAGUUGCUGUGGGAGGCUAUGGAGGUCUUGUUGAUGUCAUCUCUCAAUUUGGAAGCCAUCUCUGCACGUUUCGUAGCAGCUCAUUGUGAAUCUCUUUAAAAUAAGCUUUUUAUUAGCCAGGUGAUUGGCCGUUCUUAAGUUGUUUCCCCUGGAAAAGAGUUCAAGAUUUCAUCCGUUUCACAAAUGUUCCGUUGUGGUUAGUGGAAACUGUAGUGUUUUUGGUCUGGUUCGGCUUGAUUUGACUAUAGACCAAAUUAUUGGAACCGGUUCUUGGUUCAGUAGUUGGUAUCGAAUGUGCGAACUCUUUCGAACGCAAGGCUAUUGAGUCGGUUUAGUCUGAAUCUCGUAUGAA